AGUGCUUAAUUAGUUAAGCACAGGGUCAACUUUACAGUUUAUGCCAGCUGAGAAACUAACCAGUGUUGCGUAAUUUCCUACGAGGUAUAGAAGGCCGAGAUUUGAAGAGGAAGUGUGAUGCCGCUAGUAAUCCGUGGUAAUAGCAGCCGAUGUGAGUGGACCGAGCGGAUGGUGUGCGGAAGUUUGAUCAGUUUGGUCUAGAGCGUCUAGAGGGUGACGGAUCGUCUUGAAGGGUUUAAGAAGUGUAUUCUUUUAAGUUACAGGUAAAAAGAGGAAACAGAAGUAAAAAUGUUGAGAAUAGUGAAUGCUGCAGGACAAUCCAUGUUUCAUCACAUUUUAUCUGAAAUGGUGAAUAAUCAGAAGAAUGGUGUGUCCCUUCUCCGGGUAUCUGCAUGUUAUCCGCAGCUGGUGCUGAGACCUAUGUCAACUCAACAUGAUCUUCCUCGCCACCCAGUUCCACCUCUUAAGGAUACGCUGGCAAAAUUUGUCAGGUCAGUGAAACCUCUUCUGUCAUCAUCAGAGCUCUCUACUACAGAACACCUUGUGAAAGACUUUGGUGAAGGAGAUGGGCAGAAACUUCAAAAAAUUCUAGAAAACAGAGCUAGAAGUAUGGAUAGCUGGUUAGCUGACUGGUGGCUUACUGCAGCAUACUUGGCAUACCGACUUCCUGUAGUUGUUCAUUCAAACCCUGCCCUUGUGUUUCCACGUCGGCAUUUUCAAACAGAAGAAGAAUUCCUAAAAUAUGCUGCUGACCUCACUUUUGCUGCCCUUAACUACAAAUCAGACAUUGAUAAUGAUAAAAUACCCAUUGACAAGAUGGGUAAAGAACCAAUGGAUAUGACUCAGUAUAAGAGGAUAUAUGGUACAUGCCGAAUUCCAGCACCAAAAUGUGAUAAAAUGCAUUUCAGUGAUCCGUCACGUCCUGUGCAGCAUAUUGUAGUUGCGCACAAUAAUCUUUUUUUCAAGAUCUGUGUUUAUGAGAGCAGUGGUGAGAUUAUAAGUCCUGGUAAGCUCCUUAUGCAGUUGAAAGCAGUGGUAAAUGCUUCUCAGAAACCAGGAGAAGCUGUUGGAAUUCUGACGAGUGAGCACCGAGAUACCUGGGCAAGAGUAUACAGUGACUUAGUGAAAGAUGAAGUAAACCGCAGAAGUGUAGAAGCUAUUCAGACUUCUCUGUUUCUUCUCUGUCUUGAUGGACCUGCUUCCCAUCUUAGUGCUCCAAAUGUUGCAACUUUGGCUGCACUGAAAAUAGUGCAUGGAGGUGGUAGCAAAGGAAGUUCAGGAAAUCGCUGGUUUGACAAAACAAUUGAGAUUGUAGUUGGUCGUGAAGGAGAGGUUGGAAUCACAGUGGAACAUAGCCCUGCUGAAGCAGUGCCAGUUGCUAUGCUCAUGAACUAUUGCUUGGAUUUCCUUGAGAAGAUGCCAAAAAGCAAAUCUGGAGAGAACACUGCAGCUUUUCCAGAACCAGAAAAAUUACAGUUUAAUAUUAGCUCAGAUAUUAAGAAUGCUAUCGAAGUGGCUGAGCACAAUCUGGACAACUUGGUCGAGGACACUGACUUCUUGUCUUGUACUUAUUCUGGAUAUGGAAAGAACUUAAUCAAAGAGUUUAAAGUGAGUCCUGACAGUUAUAUCCAGAUGGCCCUUCAGUUAGCAUAUUACAGACUCCACAACGAACCAGCAGCUCACUAUGAAUCGGCUGGUACACGGCUGUUCUAUCUGGGACGCACAGAAACCAUUCGCUCAUGCUCAAUUGAAUCUGUACAUUUUGCCAAGACAAUGCUGGAUUCUAAGAGUUCAAAUGAAGAUAAAAAACAAGCUCUGUUGGCUGCUGUCAAAAGUCAUAAAGACUAUGCUACACAGGCUGCACUUGGACUAGGUGUAGACAGGCAUCUGCUAGGCCUGAAGCUUGCAGCAAUUGAAAAUGGAAUGCAAAUACAUCCUCUCUACAGAGACCCGUCAUAUGUGCGUAGUACACACUUCAAAAUAACAAGCAGCCAGGUUGCAGGGAAAGGUAAUUCAGUGAUGUGUUACGGCCCAGUGGUUCCUGAUGGCUAUGCUACUUGCUACAAUCCCUUGGGAAACACAAUAAACUUUGGUUUAGCAGCUUUCAAAUCAGGCCAUGGUACUGAUGUAAAGGCCUUCCAUGAUGCCCUGAUGGUUUCAUUUGAUGACAUGGAAAAAGUGAUGGCCGUUGGUCAUCAAACUAGAGCAAAGCUGUAAUUUAUUAUAAGCCUUUGUGUUCUAUGUAAUUUUAUGAGGAUGGUCUCUGAGCAUUAUCAGAAUGGAACUAUUGAAUGUACACUAGGCAUGUGAUAUUGGUUUGUUAGGAUUUGUUCAGUAUUGUAUAAGAUGUUUUCAUUGCAUACCUUUUUGCUCCAAUGUAGCAGUAUAAUAACAAAAGCAAAAUAUUGCAUUUUAAAGGUUUUUAUUGCACUAGAGCAGUUCAUUGCACAAGGAUAAAAUUAAGAAAAGGUAAUUGAUACACCAGUGAUGUGUAUAUAGAACAUAAUAAAAUGCUGAAAUGUUACUGGGACAUGUCUGUGGUUUGACACACUGGAUAGGUUGGAAGUAAUUAAGUCUGUCCAUCUAGUCAUAUGAUAUCUGAACUUUCCAUUCCCAUGGAAUUUUUCUGUUUUAUUUUGAAUGACCCAAAGAUUUUACUGGAGCCAACUUUACUUCUGUACAACAGGAGUCCAUUAUAAUGACAGUUCAUAAUAGCAUGAAAAAUUGACAGUAAAACAAGUUCUCAUUAUAGGCAGUUUAAAACUUGGAAGUAUAUAAAUUGCUCCAAAAACUAAAAUUACACCGUAUUGAAUUUUUAUCAUAGACAGUUUAGAACGUAUAAAUGUACUUGUAUAAAUUUAUCCUAAAAUUAAAAGAAGGUGAAUAAUCGCGAUUGUCUCGUAACAGGUGAAAACAUGAGUUUGUAAGGGAAUAAAUAGUAAUUCUGUAAUACAUAAGUUGUGUUUGAAUUAUAUCAUCAAAUUUUAAGUCGAUACAGAAAAGAAAAAAUGUCAAGAUAGCUUAAAAACAUUUAUUUUUUUAAGUACUAUGAACUCCUUUAUGAUACUAACAAUUGAACAGACAUGUUGACUGUGUAGUCUAGUGCUCAGUUGUGAUUGCUCAUAUGACUGAACUUACUAGUGUUUCUGUUUUCAUUUUUCUCCAUUGAUGCACAUUUUCUUGAACCCUUUUGUAUAUUAUGUCCUUUAUUGCUGCCAGAACACAGAACCUACAUGAGCACAUAUCUCAUUGUCAUGACCAAGUCUGCACACACACUUAAUAUUCAUGUGAGAAAUGAGAAGGCAUGCACAGUGUGAGCAUGCUGCUGCUUUGCAGGUAGGCAAAAUAAGAGGUUGAUAGUCAUAAAUUAAAAGUAGUAAGUUGCAUACAAGUUUCUAUUUAUAGAAGAAUCUUUGUGGGACAUAAAGUGAGCAGUAAAGUUGGAAAAUAUUCGUGAAUUUACAUGUCCAUUAAAUGGUGUUGUGGUAGGCUUGGUUGUGUGGGUAUCCUUUGGGCCAUGCUAGUAUCUUUCAUGGAGAUUUUGUUCAAAUUAAAUCAUUGGACUACCCCCAGCUCUACUCAGGUUUGUUCACCUACAAGUGGGACAGUCAUUUUCCCUGCAACUAUCCAUGAGGUUCUCACCACUAAUCAGUCUGCUCAAACUCAGACUCGUCAUGUGAAAAGUUCUUGUAUAAAUAGGGACCAAAAGAAGUGGAGUGGAUGGUGGGAAUAACUCAGUGUGCAGGUAAUAAGUACAAUUCCAGUAAAAUUGUGCUGCACCAAACUAGGCAAUCAGAUGGAACAUCUCAUCUCUACAUAUAAUUUUUAAGUUCAGAGGGGAGUGAGCUAGGCCAGGCCAGCCCUGCAGGAUGACAGGUGAUGUAACCACACCAGACCACACUAUUUUUGGGGAAAGGAAAAUCCCUCUAAUUUUCAUUCCCUGUGAUGUGCUGAAAAGCUGCCUUGCAGCAAAUGCAUUGAGACUGCGGGGGACAAAAACUAAUCUUUUAACAGGUUAAAGACACAAGAAUGUUGUGUUGCCAGAAUUACACAUGACUCUUGUGGAAUAUAAAUUAAUAUCUGAGUCAUGUCAUAUCUAUAUAUAUAUACAUGAAUUGCAAAAUGAGAGAGAUUAGCUCACAGCAAAAAUUCUGAAAAAGUAUUCACCUUAAAAUCAAUGAAUUGUAUGAGGGUGAUUCAGAAGCAUUUGCCUCACUGUUUUUCUUGGCAGAAAAUUAUCAAAAAUGGUUGAAAUUUGGUGUGUGUGCGUGUGUAUACUUGCAUUCUUUACUAAUGAAUACUAUUUUUCUCCAUAAUACCUGUUCUUUACUGUGAUGUUAAGAUACGUGGAAAAAGUGCCUGCACUCCUUAUUGGUAGAAGUUCUUUGGGGUUUUUCAGAGCCACAUUUUCACUUCCACAAUUAUCUCAUUAUCAUGAAACAUUCGUCCAUGAAUGGCGUUCUUCAGUGGACCAAACCAAUAGAAGUUCCAUAUAUUGAGAUCCAGACAAUAUGAUGGGUGGGGUGACACAGUCCAAUGCACUUUUGUGAUGACUUCAGUUAUUCACAAAUUGGUAUGUGGUUUUGUGCUGUCAUGCAAGGGGACAUCUUCCAUUUUCUGUUCUGGCUGAACUCGUCACAUUUGACUCUUGAAUAUCUAUAGGGUGG